ACCAUUUAUUGAUUCUGCACAUCCAGACAUUAAGAAAGGAGCAGUAAACAGGACCUUUGAUGAAAUGUUUCGUCUUGAAAUCCUUGGAAGGCUUCAAGAUUAUGUGGAAUACAUGGGUUCUGCUGCACGUGUGAUUCUCGUGCCAUCUAUACGGGACGCAAAUCAUGACUUUGUUUUCCCUCAGCCUGCUUUUGAUAUUCAGCAAGCCGAUCUCAAACAUCAGAUAACCAGUCUUACAAAUCCGGGGGUUUUCUUAAGUUUUCAGAUCAAGGUAGGUUGUUGCACUGUAGAUGUUCUCAAACAACUUAGCAGAGAGGAGAUCUCACGGAAUCCAUCUGGGGGAUCCAAGCAGCGCAUGAAUAGACUUUCAAAUCAUCUACUUAGCCAGCACAGCUUCUGUCCUCUAUACCCACCAAUGGAAGAUACUCCCGUGGAUUUUUCUCUCGCUCCAGAGGCUCUUCAGAUCCCUUGUAAUCUAGAUAUACUAAUCCUAUCCUCAGACUUGGCUCAUUUCGUGAAGGUGUUGUCAAUUGGGGAUAAAAAUGACGGAGAAGAGCAAGCGAAGUGCAUUUGUGUUAAUCCGGGAAGACUGGCUAGGGGCGAAGGAGCGGGUUUCUUCGUGGAGCUUAACUACGGGGGAAGCCCUGAUUCAACCAGUGCUUCAGUUAUAAGCAUAUGGACCUUAAACUACCGCGUGUAGUGAUUCAACAAGUGCUUCAAAAAAAAAA